CUGCGCUCCGCUCCGUGCCCGGCUGCGGGGGCUGCGCUCCGCUCCGCGCCGGGGCCGCGCCGGCGGGUGCAGCGCAGGAUGCCGCGGGAGGCCGAGCGCCCGGCGCGGGGGAGCCACCGCGGCCGCCGCCCCAGGCUCCUGGAGAUGCUGCUGGCUGCCCUGCACCUCCCUGCAUGAGCCAGCAGAGAAUGGAAGUGGCCGGAAUCAUCUGGGCAAAGGACCCUUCACCAGGCACUGGGAUGGUGUCCCCCUGAAGAUGGGAGUUACAAAUGGCCUUGUGAGCUGCACCUGUGGCACAGACACCUGCCCUACCACACCCCUUGCACAGUAGUCCCAGGCUGCCACAGGACAGGCAGGCGUUGGCCGCAACAUCUCAUCCUGUCAGCUCCUCUGUGAAAAGCUUUGUGGAAGAGCUUCCUUCUCCUCCUGUGCAUGCCAGCAGUGGGUGUCAGUGCCCCGUGUGCCCACAGGCAGGGUGGGCAGCAGGCUGAGCAUCGCCCCCUUCCCCAGCCAGACCCACGGCAGCCCAGCACGGAGCCCUGCAGCUCUAUCCCCGGGGACAAAUGCCAGCUGCCAGACUCUUCUCUGGAGACCCAGGAGCAGCCUGCGAGGCACCAGCACUGACUGCUCCCACGCCAGCAGCGGGCAGUCAGGGCCACCUCUUGUCACAGAUGUGACUCAGGCAGGACAGGAGCGCUCCAGCUGCAGGGCACGGCAUGCAGCAGGGCCGGGGAUGCUCUGCAGUGACCGGGCGGCCUCACGCUGCUAGUGUGGACUUUCCUCCUAUUUGUCCCUAAAGGAUGCUGGCUGCACAUCCAGAAGCUCCUGCUGAUGCAGCCUCCUAGAGUGCCAUGGCGAAGGGUCUGCGGGGCUGCUUGUGCACCAUGCUGCUGCUGUUCUGUGCCAUGCAGGAGCUGGGGUGCUGGGCCAUGCACACCCCGGGGCAGGGCCCUGGCCUCGGGGAGCCCGGGGACCCUGCGCUGCUGGCCGGCGGGAGAGUGAAGCGUGGCUGGGUCUGGAACCAGUUCUUUGUGGUGGAGGAGUACACGGGCACGGAGCCGCUCUAUGUGGGGAAGAUCCACUCGGACUCGGACGAGGGAGACGGCUCCAUCAAGUACACCAUCUCCGGGGAGGGCGCAGGCACCAUCUUCCUCAUCGAUGAGAUCACAGGUGACAUCCACGCCACCGAGCGCCUGGACCGGGAGCAGAAAACCUUCUACACGCUGCGGGCACAGGCCCGGGACAGACAGACGGACCAGCUGCUGGAGCCCGAGUCUGAGUUCAUCAUCAAGGUGCAGGACAUCAACGACAGCGAGCCACGCUUCCUCGAGGGGCCCUACAUCGGCAGCGUGGCCGAGCUGUCCCCUGUCGGCACCUCUGUGAUGCAGGUGAUGGCCUCUGAUGCCGACGACCCCACCUAUGGGAGCAGUGCCCGUGUAGUCUACAGUGUGCUGGAGGGGGAGCAGCACUUCACUGUGGACAGCAAAACAGGUGUGAUCCGCACAGCCGUGGCAGACCUGGACCGCGAGACGCAGGACCGCUACGAGGUGGUGAUCCGUGCCACGGACAUGGCAGGACAGCUGGGCGGCCUCUCGGGGUCCACCACGGUCACCAUCGUGGUCACUGAUGUCAACGACAACCCGCCACGCUUCCCUCAGAAGAUGUAUCAGUUCAGCAUUGUGGAAACAGCCCCUGUGGGCACUGCCAUCGGGAGGGUGAAGGCAGAGGACUCUGACGUCGGGGAGAACACGGACAUGACAUACCAAGUGAAGGAUGAGGAAGGGGUGGAGAUGUUCAAAGUCACCACAGACAGCAAUACCCAAGAGGCUGUCAUCACAGUACAGAAGCCUCUUGACUACGAGUCAAAAAAAGUGCACACUGUGGUGGUGGAGGCCCUCAACAAGUUCGUGGACCCGCGGUUCGUGGACCUGGGCACCUUUCGGGACCAGACCAUCGUGCGGGUCUCAGUGCUGGACGUCGAUGAGCCCCCCGAGUUCCGGCCCCCCUCCAACCUGCUGGAGGUCCAGGAGGAUGCACACGUGGGCUCUGUCGUGGGGGUGGUCACUGCCCUGGACCCCGACACAGCGAACCACCCUGUCCGGUACGCCAUCGACCGCAGCACGGACGCCGAGAGGAUCUUUGACAUCGAUGCCAAAACGGGGGCAAUUGUGACAGGAAAGGUGCUGGACCGGGAGACAGCAGGGUGGCACAACAUCACUGUGCUGGCCAUGGAGGCAGAUAACCACUCCCAGGUGUCGAGGGCCUCUCUCCGUAUCCGAAUCCUGGACGUCAAUGACAAUCCACCUGAGCUUGCCACCCCCUAUGAAGCUGCUGUGUGCGAGGAUGCCAAGCCAGGCCAGCUGAUCCAGACAAUCAGCGUUGUGGACCGGGACGAGCCUCAGAAUGGCCACCGUUUCUACUUCACCUUGGCGCCUGAAGCCACCAACAACCACCAUUUCUCUUUGCUGGAUAUCCAGGGUGAGUCCUGCUGUACCCUUGGCCCAGCAUCCUUCAGGCUGAGCAGCACCUCUGGCCACGGACAGGGAGACAACACGGCAGCGGUGCACACACAGAGAGUGGGCUUCAACCGCCAGGAGCAGGACGUGUACCUGCUCCCCAUCCUGGUGGUGGACAGCGGCCCCCCAGCCCUGAGCAGCACAGGGACCCUGACCAUCCGUGUGUGUGGCUGUGACAGCACCGGGGCCAUCCAGUCCUGCAACAGCACCGCCUACGUGGUGUCAGCCACGCUGAGCCCCGGCGCCCUCAUCGCGCUGCUGGUCUGCGUCCUCAUCCUGGUUGUGCUGGUCCUUCUCAUCCUCACGCUGAAGCGACACCACAAAAGCCACCUGACCUCUGAGGACGACGAGGACAUGAGGGACAAUGUCAUCAAAUACAACGAUGAAGGAGGUGGUGAGCAGGACACAGAGGCCUAUGACAUGUCAGCCCUGCGCAGCCUCUACGACUUCAGUGAGAUCAAAGCUGGUGAUGGAGGUGGGGGGCCAGGAGAGGGGGGCCCAGGCAGAAACCCAGCCUCGGAGCUCCACGCCCUCCCCCAGUGGGUGCAGAGCCCAGACCUGGACUUCUCUGUGUUCAGAGACUAUAUCUGCAGGAAGGUGGAGCAGGCGGAUGAGGACCUCUCUGUGCCGCCCUAUGACUCGUUCCAGACCUAUGCCUUCGAGGGCUCGGACUCGCCAGUGCCCUCCCUGAGCUCCAUCAACACCUGGUCCAGCGGCUCGGAGCAGGACUUCUCCUACCUGGGGGGCUGGGGGCCCCGAUUCCGGCAGCUGGCAGCACUCUACGCGGGGCGCAGGGGCGACGAGGACUGCGAGGAGUCCUAGCUGCCCCUGCAGCCCCCGGGCUCCGGCCACCUCCUGGACUGGGGCUGCAGCCCGAGAGGUGCCACACGGGCAUCGUGUGCUCCUGGGCCAGACUGCACAGCUGCCGGCGAGAGGCUGCACCGGGGGACUGCUCCUGUGCAGCUGCCUUCGGCUCGGGUGGGCUCCGCACCCGCGUGGGGAGCCCAGAGGAGCCACCGGGGUGUCCUCAUCUCCUCAAAGCCAGUCUCCAUUAAAGCACUACCAUUGACUUAAGAAGGAGAAAAUCUAAUUCAAGAGGGUUUGGAGAGGGUUUCUCCCCCACAAAUUAUCAUUUAAAUAGAUCUGUUCGGUGAUCCCCAUCCAGGAGAGGAAGCGCAAACCGGGAGCCUUUUGUUGUCUAAAUUGUUUUUGUCACUCGAGUCAGAGCAUUUAAAGAGCUUUGAUUUCUUUAAGAGCUUUCCUUGCUGAGGGAAACAAGCUUUUAACUUCUGUUCAGAUUUUCCCCUCCUAAGUUUACUUGCUUUUUGAAGUCUUCCUUCUCGCUGCUCCCUGUGGGGCUCUCAGCAGCCCCCGGCUGCGGGCAUGGUGUCGGAGGGAGGAUGCCACGCUGGGAUCACAUCCUGCAGAACGGCUGCUCACAGGUUUCCCUUCCGUGCUGCCAAUCAUUUCACCCCUGUCUGGUGAUCACAGAGAUGCUGGUGAUGUGAAGGGGAUCCCCAACACUCCCUGCACAGCAGACAUUGUCUUUGAAGUCCUGGUGUGCCCCACAGCCCCAGAGGCAGACAGGGAUGUCCCACCCAUCACCGAGGCACAGUGUUGUGUCCUGGGCCACAGAGCAGCUGUGGUGCUGGGCAGUGCCAUCAAAGUACCACCCCCAUGUGGGCUCUGCCAGCCCCUGACACAGGACCUGGGGUUUGCAGGGCUCCCAGCCAGGCACUGGCUGUCACCAAAUGGUGUGAGCUGCACAGGGCAGCAGGCAGGACGCCAGUGCUCCCUGGCCCACAGUGGCUGGGGGAGAGCUGCAUUCUAUGGAGAACCUUGCUGCAGGGUGCAGGAGAACCCCAGCCCCUGGCUGGGAAGAAUAAUUCCUGCUUGCACCCAGCUGACAGCAGAGCAUCACCAUUAGCAACAGAACAGCCAUCCCAGAAGGUGUGUCUGAGGCCAGAACCUGCUGGCACAGCUCUGGGGCCGAGCUGGCUGCAGGUUGGGCAGCACAUCUGUGACACCUCAGGAUACCCAGGGUGUCCCAAGCCCAGCACAGGAUCCUGCAGCCAACCAGCAUGAGCUCACAGCAGGAUUGCUUUUGCAUGUAAUUCCUGGGUUUGGGAGGCAGGUGAGGAAGGUGCCAGUGGGAUGUGCCAAUGCUCCUUAGGCUGCAGAUGAUGCUGGAGGAAAGCACUGGGUGCCCAGUGCCUUCCCAGCUUGCCAAUUACCCCAGGGAAAACUGAACAGCCUGUAGAAGGAUGUCCUUGCACAGCACCUCAGGCCAUCCUGGCUGGUGCAGCUCCUUAUCUGUUGGGAAAAAAUCAAUUAUAUCAUUGAUAGGUAACAGAUACAGUCUCCCAAGGCCUGACACAUCCUGGGCUUGUCAUUGGGUUUGUCCUUUUAGUUUAACUACAGCCACUGUUUUCUCUCUUUGGAGAAGGUUUAACUGUAGAUGUCUAUGCGUGUCCAUUUUUUUACUGUGUGUUGCUUCCCGGCUGCUGGCAUUGCUCCUUUGGCUGCAGCACGAGACCCGGCAGCAGAGAGGGACAGGACCUGUGCCUGCCCUCAGCUGCUCCUGCCCAGUGCCACCACGGCCCCUGUGCAGAGCCCAGCUGGGCUCAUGCUGGCACCGGGAGCCCCUCAGGGCCCCUCUGGUCCCUCUGAGGAGGCGAUGGUGCUGUGGCUGGCACCUGUGCCCAGCGUGCUGCUGGUUCACUGUGAUGAUGCUGAGGAGGCAGCCGUGCCAGCUCUGGCCACACCAUCUCGAGCACGUGGCACCCCGCGCCUCCAAGCAGGAGAACGGAGAAAUCCCUCUCUUUCCUCAGGAAUGUGUUCGUGUUUUCCCUCUGGGCUGCAGAGCUGAGCCCCUCCGGCACUGGCCCUUCCUCUAGCCAAGUGUUGUGCAAUAGCAGGGCUCUGUCCUAGGAGAUGGGGUCUGACAGGGUAGGUGUUUAGCACCCCUCCCUCCCGGCGGGUUCUGCCGUCCCCGAGCAGCCCGUGCUCCGCAUGCACUCACGCUCGCGUUUUCCUUUCUGUCCCCCUGCACACACCGGAGGAGCAGCGCGGCGCCCGCGCCCCCUGCCCGCCCCCGCAGGAGGAACUGGCAGCUGCCACCGUGUCCGAUGGAGUCACUUCGGUUUUGUUUCUCUACCCAGAUGAAAUUAGAAGGUUGAUUUCCUCACCCUUGUUAUUUUUUUUUUCAAGGUCUUUGUGGGACCUGGAAAUAAAUUAUUUCCUUGUCGUCUA